UCCACUCUGCAUGUCCCGAAAACGCCGGAGUCUCCCCUUCUCCAAACGGGGUGCGGGUGCGCACGUAGAUAGCGCGUAGUCACCGGGAACCUUUUGUCAGCAUGAGAACUGCGAUGCUGGUUUCGGUCGUCCGACCGAUCGGGCCGAUUUUGGUCGGCGUCUCUCUGGGCUUUACUCUGAGUCUACUGAGCGUAACGUGGGUGCACGAGAACUGUGACUCUGACGGAGUCCGAGCGACCGAGGAGAUGCUUGUGUUCCAGCCGGACGGCUUGAAGGGGGCUCGCAAACCGAGCUCCAUAUCCACCGGUACGACAGAUAACGGCAAUACCGAAGAAGACCUCCGUCCAAGAAUAGUUUCUUACAACCAACCCGCCCCACAAGGUCCUCAGAAAAAGGUUUUCAGGGCCAAGUAUGCCAGCGUUGAACUGGGUAUCCGUGAGCGGCUCUUUGUAGCGAUCUUGACAUCUAAGACCAGCCUGAGCACACAGGCCAUAGCCGUUAACCGGACACUCAGGCACCAUGUGGAAGGGCACGUCGUCUUCCUCACUGGCAGCCACGGCCCCAAGCUCCCACAUGGCAUGCCCGUGUUCGCCCAUGGCGAAGAGCACUCGGGGCCUGCUAUCUUCCAGGUGCUGCGCUAUCUCCUAGAGCGCCACGCCGCCGACUACGACUGGUUCUACCUGCUCUGGGAUGACACGUAUGUGCAGCCCGACAGGCUGAAGGCCCUGGUCAGUCACCUGAGCAUGGACCGGUGGCUGUACAUGGGCCAGCCUGAGGAGUUCAUCGGCGCAGAGGCCCCGGGGAGGUACUGCCGUGGAGGCGCAGGCAUUCUUCUGUCCAGAGCCCUGCUGCUGAGGCUGCAGCCAUAUCUGGAGCCGUGCCGAACACACGUCGCCAGCGCCAGGCCUGACGAGUGGCUGGGACGCUGCAUCGUUGAUUACACGGGCAUCAGCUGCGUGGAGCAGCAUGAGGGCCUUCAGUAUAAUUCCUUUGAAAUGGAGGAGAGCGCAGUGCUAAAUGCAGUGGAACGUGUGGACCUGCAGAAGGCCCUGACUGUUCACCCUGUGAGUCCAGAGCAGAUGUAUCGCCUGCACAGAUCCUUCACCCAGAGAGAGCUGCAGGACACAUACCAGCAAAUCCAGGACCUGCAGGUGGAGAUGAAGCGUGUUAGUUGCUGCGCUGUGGAUGGCAACAGGAGUGCAGCGUGGCCCGUGGGCGUGCCGCCUCCCUUCUGGCCCCGGAGCCGCUUCGAGGUGCUGCGCUGGGAAUAUUUCAGUGAGGAGGAGCUGUUCUCCUGUGCUGACGGUGCCCCUAAGUGCCAGCUGAGUGAGGCCGACCGCCAGGACGUGGCUGACGUAAUCCAGGAGGCCGUGCGCGAGCUCAGCGAGAAGUAUGCGCCUGCCGUUGUGCUGAGCGCCCCGCGUCUGGUGAACGGCUACCGCCGCUUUGACCCGACGCGUGGCAUGGAGUACACUCUGGACCUGCAGCUCCACGCCCAGACGGAGUCGGGCCGCAGCCGGGCCCUCACCCGGCGUGUGCACAUGGUUCGGCCCCUGAGCCAGGUGGAGAUCAUCCCCAUGCCCUCCGUGACAGAGGGCACGCGUGUGCACCUGCUACUGCCCGUAUCUCACACAGAGAGGGGGGCUGCCCUGCGCUUCCUGGAGCGCUGUGGCCCAGUCAUGUUUGAGGCAGGCGAGAACGCUGCGCUCACCCUCCUGUUGCUGUACGAUCCGGACGAGGCCAAGCGGGUGGGCGGGACCGCCGACAUUUUUGCUGAGCUGAAGGCGAAGGCGGCGGUGGCUGAGAGGGGCCACCCCAAUGUCGAGGUGUCAUGGGUCAGCGUGAGGACUGAGGGUCCAGGGCUGCUGCGUGCGCUGGACGCCGCGUCACGCAAACACGCAGCCGACGCGCUACUCCUGCUGGUCACGGUUGACACGGUGCUGAACGGGGACGUCCUCAACCGCUGCCGUGUGAACGCCAUCGCUGGCUGGCAGGUCUUCUUCCCUGUACACUUCCAGGCCUUCGACCCGCGCGUGACCCACCCGCACGGGCCUCCACCCACCGCCCCGGACCUGGUGCGCGAGGCAGGCCACUUCGACCGCCACGCCUUUGGUGAAGCCUGCUUCUACAACGGUGACUACGUGGCCUCCCGCGCACGCCAGUCUGCUGAGUCGCACGGCGACGAGCUGUCGGAAGAUGUGGACGCGUAUGACGUCUUUCUGCGCAACUCGCACUUGCACGUGUUCCGUGGUGUGGAGCCCGCCCUAUGGCAGGCCCACCGCAGAUGCGCCUGCGAGCCGCAGCUCGGUGAUGGCGCACUCCAACGCUGUCUCCAGGGCAACCUCCGGGGCCUGGGCUCCCAGUCUCAGCUUGCCAUGCUCCUGUUUGACCAGGAACAGACCAGCACCACCUGAACUCUGCACGGGACUGAACCGGAUCGGGCCCUGCUCCCAUGCUCUGCUGGAGGCCUCCUAUGCAUCGUCCAACAUUCCUCUCCAGUCCGUGGACGUGGCAGAAGCUCUGGAGGAGAGAAGCUUCUGAAGACCUCUAGCUGAGGAACUGACAGGCAAGAGGAAUCGUAGCUGAAACAAAAAUGUUUUGAAACGUGUGGGAGCAUCCAGCUCCAAGAGUUUGUGUAACAGCAGGAUGCUGCAAGAAGUUCCCGUCUCCCACCCACACUUCCUUGCUUGCUGCAGUUGCCGGGGGCAACCAGCUGUGAGUGCAGCAUGUGUUCCUUUAAACAUUCUCAUUCACUCCUUCAUUGUGAUGUGUGUUUCAGGACAUGUAAAGAAUCUAAAAACUGUUCUUGUGUGUGUGUGUGUAUGUGUGCAUGCUCCACUCUUAUAACUUGACUAAAAUAUGAACACACUUAACAAAUGCUUUACAGUGAUCUGAAUGUAAAUGUGUGUAUGGGUGUGCGUGUGUGUGUGAGAUAGUGUGUGAGUGUG